AUGUCUUAAAUAAAUUCAUAAUUGCUAAGAUCCUUAAUUGUGAAUCCUGAUAAUAUUGAUGAGAAUUUCUUGUGUGGUAUAUGCUGUUAAUUGGUUGUAAAUCCAAAGGAAUGCGAAAAUUGUUAACAUUUAUAUUGCCAUGAAUGUAUUAAUGAUUGGUUGAAAAAGAAAUCAAAUUGUCCAUAUAGAUGUUCUGAAAGUGAUAUUAAACUCAAAGAACCUCAUAGGUUUGUUAAAAAUUCAAUUUCUCAUUUAAAUCUUAAAUGCUAAAAUGCUGAUUGUGAACAAAUUAUUGAGUUGGGGAUGAUAGAUUCACAUAUUAAAGAAUGUAAACACACUAUACAAAACUGUUAGAAUGAAGGAUGCGAAGAGAAAGUAAAAAACCUAAAUCUGGAAGAACAUAAACAAAAAUGUUAAUUUAGGAAAAUCACCUGUGAUAAAUGUCUUUCGAUUUAUAAGAUAAGUCAAGAUCAUAAUUGCAUUAGGGCUUUGAAAUAAUAGAUUGAAGAUUAUAGCUAGAUUAUAAAUCAGAUUAAAUAACUAUAUAUUCAGCAGUAGGCCACCUAAUAAGAAUAAUAAGAAUAAAUUAAGAUACUGCAAUAAUUAGUGGCUAGACCUUAAGUAAUAAAACAACUAACCUGCGAUAAAGGUCAUCAAUUAAUUUGGAUGCAACCAAUAUACAAUCAAAAAUGCGGUAGAUGUGCAUUAAGCAAUGAAAUAGCCAGAUUUAAGUGUUAAUAAUGCUAAAAGAUUUAUUGCUAAUAAUGUAAAAGACCAUACUUUUACAAUUAAAAAUGCCCAAACAACCAUUUAUUAUAAUUCGAUUAAAAUGCUCGUGCAAGCAUUUCUUGUGAUUUUUGUGGAGAGGUUCCAUUUAAAAAAGGACAGGGAGUUUGGAGCGAUAGAGAAUGUGACUUUGAUAUUUGUGUUAGCUGCUAUAAUUCAGCUCAAUAAUGA